UUUUAGAAUUUUAAAGCAAUGACGUGAAAUGAGAGAUCGCAUGCAUAAACAUUAUUAAAUGGCCAGAAAGAGCCACGAAGAAGCAUAGCACGCUCCUGUCAAGUCACGUGAUUGUAACUUACUACUUCCGAUUCCAAUAUAUAUCUGUUAUGCGUCCUGAAGUAACACAAGGCUGAGAGCUUUACUAUCGCGACAAAAAUCCUGUGGUAACAAAACUGCAAUUAUUAGUUCAAACGGAGAAAACCCCAGAAACCAUGAUUUUAACCUAAGAGAAUAUUACAUUCUUAUUGGAGACGUGAAUGUGAGAGAAUGACGGUGAAGGAGGUUGUCUCCCUUAGUAAAGUGUCGGGGUGCAUCAACAGAUGUCGCCAGUCUCGCUACCUGGUCCUCGUCAUUGUCUUCAUUGCACUCUUCCUGGACAACAUGCUGCUGUCCGUUGUUGUACCCAUUAUACCAAAUUUCUUAAGAAAACUGGAAAAUCCUUACGAGAUGUUGAAUAAGACGUUCAACAGGACAACAUUAGUGUCCAGAUGUGUUCCGCUAAAUGUGACGUUGCAAUCAAAUUUCCAAAGACUGGCGAGCACAUAUAAUAAACGGGUUAGUUACUUUGAGGACACUAACGCUCACUGCGUCAAUGUGACGGUGAACGAAACCAUUCCAUAUUUUGAUGAGAUUCAAAUAGUGACUAAACGUCAUGCUGAAUUAGCCAAUGAGAAUGUAGAAGUAGGCCUGAUGUUUGCAUCCAAAGCCAUGAUACAGCUGAUUGCCAACCCGUUUGUGGGGCACGUCACGAACAGAAUUGGGUACACGAUCCCGAUGUUUACUGGGUUUGUCGUCAUGUUCGUCUCAACAGUCAUAUUUGCCUUUGGGGAGAACUACUGGGUGCUUUUCAUUGCCAGGGCAGUACAGGGUAUCGGGUCCUCCUGUUCCAGUGUGGCAGGUAUGGGGAUGCUGGCGAUGACUUACCCGGAUGACAAGGAACGCGGGAACGCCAUGGGGCUGGCUUUGGGUGGUCUCGCUAUGGGAGUACUCGUUGGUCCACCAUUUGGGGGUGUCAUGUACGAAUUUGCAGGCAAAGAAGCUCCGUUUCUGAUUCUAUCUUCCCUAGCUCUGAUAGAUGGCAUCCUGCAGAUGUUCAUGUUACAGCCAUCCGUGAAACCCGAGUCCCAGUUAGGGGCACCCCUAUCCGAGCUUAUUAGAGAUCCGUAUAUCAUCAUAGCAGCUGGGUCCAUAACGUUUGCAAACAUGGGAAUAGCCAUGAUGGAACCGUCUCUGCCUAUAUGGAUGUACGAGACCAUGGGGUCCAGGGAGUGGGAACAAGGUGCUGCAUUUUUACCUGCUAGUAUAUCAUACUUAAUAGGCACCAAUACCUUUGGUCCACUAGCGCACAAGAUAGGCAGGUGGCUCAGUGCAUUGAUUGGAAUGAUUGUGAUAGGAUUAUGCUUAUUUGCUAUUCCAUUCUCAAGAAAUAUAUAUCAUUUAAUAGCACCAAAUUUUGGACUUGGUUUCGCAAUAGGAAUGGUGGACUCCUCUAUGAUGCCACACAUGGGGUACCUGGUGGAUCUACGUCACGUGUCUGUUUACGGUAGCGUGUACGCCAUUGCAGACGUUGCCUUUUGCCUAGGAUUUGCCUUUGGCCCUGCGAUUAGUGGAACUUUGGUUAAAGAAAUAGGAUUCAACUGGAUGUUGUGGAUCAUAGCUAUUAUUAAUUUAAUCUACGCCCCUCUAUUGUACUGGAUCAGAAAUCCCCCUGCACGGGAGGAAAAAAUGUCCCUGAUAAUGAAUGACCAGUGUCCAGUGCAGUAUGUAACUUACAAUCAGACCGGAAAGAGUUUACCCACUUCCGAUGACGAGGAUCCAUACGGAAAUGAUUAUUAAAACAGGAAGUCCGGAAAUGACAACACACCACGUGAUCUAUGUGUCCGGACCAUUGGAUGUUUAACUGUUUGAACUUUGUUGAAAUGAACCUCUGUUGUUAACUGCUUCCAAAACUCUGAUGAAUAUAUAUGCAUUCGUUGGUUGAUUUGAUCUGUAUUUGUGAUCUUAUAGACUACGCACUGUUAUCUGUACACAGAUGUAAAUGUAAUUUAGACAUAUAUGGUUGUUCAUCAUUUCAUACAGAUCCACAAAUGCUUUACGCAGUCCAUCAGAACAAAAUAUAUAUCAUAUCUCUACCCUAUUUUUCAGAAAGUACUGGUGGAGAAUGGGCUAGUUACACUUGUUUUCUAUGUUUUGAAAUGAGGGUUUAGGAAAGACCCGAUAUCUUCACUGCUUGUCAAAGAAUAUUAUUCAAACUCUACUGAUUUUUUCACUAUAUAAAUGUAAAUCGACAUAAUUUGCCGAUUCUCUGUAAAUCGCCUUAAUUGACUGGUUCCUUGCAAAAGGGUGAGUCAGUUCCAUGAACUGAUAUACACGUACAUGUAUUUGGAACACAUAGCAACUUUUAUCUUAUGAAAAGUUCCGAUAAGUUCCGGAUGAAUAUUCAUUAUAAAAUGGCAUCACGAGUUAAUUGGUAACAGUAUAAAAACCCGUUUACAGCAGCAAACUACAACAAUCUUAACGAGUUGGAUCCGUGGAUCCAGGUUUUAAACACUGUAUUAAGCUUUAGACUGUUUAACGUUUGUAUCGGUAUAAUAAAAAGGUUAAGUAUAUCGCUGAGACAGUCGGCAAGAUGCCAGUUUCCCGAGAGGAAGCCUAUUUUCGGAAGCGAAGCCGAGGAAAAUAAGCUAGCUCUCUGGGCAUACUACCCAGUGUCCUCUGUAUCUCCGCACACCAUAGACGGUUUGUGUGCAAACGAGUUCUGGCGGAAGUUUGGCUCCUGAGGAACAGGAAACUUGCUGAUUCCUUAAUGAUAUACUUUAACUUUAUACCAUAUCUCUUUUAGUCUCGUUUUCUUCAGUCUAUCGUACUUAAUCCAGUCAAAAUUUAUUUUUUAAAAACCACCACAUUUAUAAAAUCUAGUUUUUAUUCCAGUGGAGGGGAGACUACUGAAUAGCGUUCAAGUAGGUCGUACACUGUAGAACUCGGACAUGUCUCUAUAAAUAUGCAUACCAUGUAACUAUGUUCGUGUUCUCAUUUUCAAUAAAAGUAUUACACUUGA